AUGGAAAACCCUACGAAAGCUCGCGAUGACCUUGAUUGUUCGGAGGUGAACGAUGUCGUGGAUAGCAUUAAGCGCAAGGUCGAGGAGGAAGGGUUGAUUGAUCUUCCUUAUUUUUUCUACUCGAGAAUUGUAACGAUCAUGACCAAUGCUGACAUUGAAUCCUGCCCGGGCUUUGCCCGGCCAACAGUGCCAUCGUUCUUUGGUAAUUCUGGAGAUACGUGA